ACAUUACUAACUUGCUGGCCCUUUAAGCACAUUUCUACUUUUAGUGCUACUGCAACUACAUCCAUUCUUAAGCCUAAUAUUUGCUCACUCUGUACUUCAGUUACAGCCAUGUAUGCCAUGCUGUUUUUGAGAGGACUAGUGUGACUGCAUCUGUGGCUCAAUCCUUAUCAAGUAGAAAGGCUAGAGUUGUAAUUUCUGUAUUUUUACUUUAUUACAGUCUUCGAAGAAAGACUCAAACUGGACUUCUCCAACACCACCCGGCGGCAGAACCGCAGAGACAACGUGUUUCCGUGCGGUAUCCCCGCCUGUUCAAACUCCGGGAAAGCACCCAGUUGUCCCGUUGGUGGCCCAAACCAAAACACUAUGGCGGCGUCCAACUGAGUGAGCUGCGGCCUGACGAGCUACAGACACAGCGGACGACACUCCUGUCUUCAGAGGUUAAAAACGACUCUUAAAUUAAAGUAUGGACGCCGUUGGAGAAGACGAACCGGACCCCAUAAAGCUCAAGUCUAUCAAGAACAACAAAACAUUCACAGUGCCUCAAAAUGACAGGUUUGGGAGCUGCAGAAGUGUCAGAGAGUUUGAGAAACUCAACCGCAUAGGAGAAGGAACAUACGGCAUUGUGUACCGAGCGCGAGACACAAAGUCAGAUGAAAUUGUAGCAUUAAAGAAAGUCCGGAUGGACAAAGAGAAAGAUGGGAUCCCCAUCAGUAGCCUCAGAGAGAUCACUCUGCUGCUGAGGCUGAGACAUCCCAACAUAGUGGAACUGAAAGAAGUGGUUGUUGGCAGCCAGCUAGAGAGCCUGUUUCUGGUGAUGAGUUACUGUGAACAGGAUCUGGCCAGUCUGCUGGAAAACAUGCAGACACCGUUUUCUGAGGCUCAGGUAAAGUGUAUUGUCCUUCAGCUGCUCAGAGGCUUGGAGUAUCUCCACCACAACUUCAUUAUACACAGGGACCUGAAGGUGUCCAAUCUGCUGAUGACAGACAAAGGCUGCGUUAAGAUUGCUGAUUUCGGGCUGGCCAGAAUGUACGGCAUCCCACAGCAGCCCAUGACGCCUCGAGUGGUCACACUGUGGUACAGAGCUCCAGAGCUCCUCCUAGGGACCAAGACCCAGACUACAGCCCUGGACAUGUGGGCUGUCGGCUGCAUCCUGGCUGAGCUGCUGGCUCACAAACCUCUGCUGCCAGGAACCUCGGAGAUCCAGCAGGUCGACCUGAUAGUUCAGCUGCUGGGAACACCCAAUGAAAACAUUUGGCCGGGUUUUUCUCAGCUGCCCCUCAUUGGUCAGUACAGUCUGAGGAAGCAGCCGUACAACAACCUGAAGAAUAAAUUCACCUGGCUGUCUGAUGCUGGACACCGACUGCUCAACCUGCUCUUUAUGUACAACCCACAGCGCAGAGCUACUGCCAAAGAUUGUUUGGAGAGCUCCUACUUCAAAGAGAAACCUUUACCCUGUGAACCAGAGCUGAUGCCAACCUUCCCCCACCAUCGCAACAAGCGGGCUGCUCCUGCGGCAGAGAGCCACUCGAAACGGAGCAAAGUGUGAUGGAGACUGUAACGACGAGACAUUGGACUCAAAGACAAACCUGUGGUGGUGACAUUCUUACAAAUGUGCACUCAAAGGAUGGACGUUGGUGUCUGGCCACGCUAGAUCUGCUCUUAAAGACUUACUCUGGAACUUUGAGCAAAUGCAAAGCAGAACAGUUCGUAUCAGUUUCAGCACAGCCACAGCAAACAGACUCGGAUUAACACAUUGCUGGACGGCUUUCACAGAGCUCUGUGUUCGGUAUAAUGCAGCAGAAGUCGUGAAAAUUUCGAAAGGCUGCAAGAGCACAUUUUCUGCUGUAGAUCUGGUUGUUUGCAGCACUGUUCAUGGGCUCAGUAGAAAUCUCCUCUCUUAGGUUUCUGAAGUAUUUCUUAAUAUUCACAUUGCUGCCAAGGUCUGCGCGCUAAAUGAAGCGAUAGUAAUGAGGACAAUGUUGCCUUGACAGAUAUGCUGAGGUAUUUCGUCCUUUGUGUGGAGCAUUUGUCACAUUUUUAGAUGUGCUAUUGUAACCGUCUCUGCUGUUCUGAUAAAACUAUGAAAGGGCACGGCAACAAGGAACUGAACCAACUUGCAUAAGCUCAGUCUGCCCACAGAAACACUGGGUCUGUGUGACAGCCUCUCGUAGGGAUUUGAGCAGAAGAAUCAAAGGAAACGAGUUUGUGGCAAAAUCAUAAAAAGCUCUCAGGUUUGGUCCUCUCAGCAUCAGUAUAAUGUCGAUGACCAGCUGUGUGUCCUGUCGAAGUGUCCUUGAGCAGAAAUACUGAACUCCUCAAUGUACUUGCUUAUUGUUAUUGUUAAAGGAAUAGUUUGACUUUUUGGGAAAUAUGCUUAUUCCUUAUUCCAGAGUUAGAUAAGAAGAUUGAUACCACUCUGAGAUGUCUGCAGGCUAAAUACGUAGCUAGUUCUUAUGUUGAGCUAACAGGCUGCUGGCUGUAGCUUCAUAUUUACUGCAGAGCCCUAAGAUUUGUAUCAGUCUUCUCAGGGUAUUCCUUUAAGAGCCUCAGCUUCAAUGCCUAAAUGUACUGUAAAUAAAGAGUGGCCUCAUUAGAAGAAAUCACUGAGAAGUGGUGUUGACUCCCAGCUGUCAAUAAAUAGGUAAAGAUGAUGGGAGAACUGUCUCAGACAGAUAUUUACUUAACUGGAAUAGAUACUGAUAAUGUAACUGUGGAGCGGUGAUACCCAGCUUACUUUGCCAGGGGGUCCUUAAUGCAAGAUGACAGGAGGCCAGGGGCCAGUUGCAGCAGCCCUGUACAAGUCAGGUGUAUGCAUGGGCGUUUCCAGGAUCUGAGAAGUUAGCCCAGAUCCCCGUUGGCAGGGUCUGAGGAGUCUUUCCCUGGGACUUUUUUUCAUAGUGUGAAUACAUUUAUUUUUAUUUUGACUUAGAAAACAGCUGGCGAGCCUCCCGGCAGCCUGUCAUAGGCCAGAUUUGGCCUGUGAGCCGCAAGUUGAGUAUCACUGCUGUAGAGCCUCUGAAUAUGCUUGAACAGACAGUUCACCCCACAAUCAAAGAACAUAUUUUUCCUCUUGCCUGUAGUGCUGUUAUCAAUCUGGAUUGUUUGAACACAGUAAAAAUACAUUUGAAAACCUAACAGCAAUAUCUCUCUCCAGAAAUCAUGACCCGAUUACUCAGGAUUAUUCACAGACUUUGUCGUGAGCAGUUUCAUGAACGGUUUUCUUUCUACUGAACUACACCCGCCAACUGUAUCGCCGCACAGAAGGAUGUGCAAAUACUGCUAGUUCACCUAGCACCACUGAGCUAGCUAAUGUUAUAGCUCAGCCCAGGAAGAUGCUAUUAAUAGCCCCUUUUACACUGCCUUUUUAAGGUGGGAAUUUUACGCCAUUAUACUGCCUCGCCAUUCUGUAUAAAAGGAACAGUCACGGAAUGCGGGGACAGAGUUGUCUCACCAUAAAGUCACCAUGGGAGGUAGUAACAGCCUCAAAAAGGGACAGCCAGCAGGAUGGGAUCAUGGGUGGCACGGGUAUGAUGUUUUGGCAACGUAUUAUGUGUGCAACCCAUUGAAGGACAUUUAAAAAGUAGCUGAUAGCAGUUAGCAGCAAAUUUAAAAAAAAAAGACGAAUAGUGGCCAGAAAUGUCUAAAAAUUGAGAAACAAUGUGGUCUGGGAGCCCUCCGAGCAGAGGACAAGAUCAGCCAAUAUUUAACACAGAGAGUAAAUGACUGUUAUUGCCAUUGUUAUUGUUUAUAAAGUGCUGCUGACGCAUAUGUGUUACGUUACACUAGAGGCUGGCGCUGUUGUGCUACAAGACACACCUCUUUUGCUUCCAUGAUGCGGGCAUGCUGUCUAAAAUCACACACUGGGGUGACAUAAUGUUACUGUUGUUUGGUUUUGUGUAAAAAUGCAAAGCUGGCAUGAAGAAGAGACUUCACAGCGGCCUAAUAGUGCAAAUUCUGUGUGAGAAGGGCAAAUGCUACAUCUCAUGCUGUCACAAGUGCGAGCCUCUCACCUGUUGGUAGAUGCAGGCUUCCUCCUCACAGUGAUACAGAUGGCGUGUGCAGAUAAGUAGAAAGAAAAUACUAGUUUUCACAUGAAACUGUUCACAACAAGGUCUGUGGAAUAUCUUAAAUACUGAGUCAUGAUUUCUGUAAAGAGACAUUGCUGUUGAGUUUAUUAAAUGUAUUUUUGUGGAGCUUUGAGCACCACAUGCUGAGUGUCAUUUAGUUCCAUUAGAUAGGAGAAAAGGCAGACAUCUCUACAGCCGAUAUCUCUAACACUCGGCAACCCUCGCCAAAACAAUCCAGACUGAUAAACAGCUCUACAGGUAAGAGGAAACAUGUAUUUAGGUUUUUUCAGGUGAACUGUCCCUUCAUACCAUCAGCUAUUAAACACAAUAAAACUGUCAAACCGGCAA